CCGCCAUGUGGUACGAGAUCCUGCCCGGCAUGGCCGUCAUGGGCGUCUGCCUCAGCAUCCCCGGCCUCUCCACCCUGUACAUGCACCGCUGGUGCAACGGCGGCAAGGAGAAGAGGAUCGCCCGCUACCCCUUCCAGUGGACCCUCAUGGAGAGGGACAGGCGGAUCUCGGGCGUCAACAAGUACUACGUGUCCAAGGGGCUGGAGAACAUCGACUAGGAACAAUGGUGUGUGAGGAACCUCUCUAUCUACACAAAAUGAUUUAUCUCUCUAAUAAAGGCAUACAUGUAUUUUGCG